AUGGGUCUGCAAAUCCUUGUCCAGGGGAAACUUCGAUUCUAUGGGUUUGAUAUUCGAAAAUUCCCCAAGUCUGCAAAAGGCUGGGGAGGCCUCUGGAGGCCUGCCGAGGGCCAACUGACCCAGAAGACCCAGAAGACCCAGAAGACCCAGAAGACCCAGAAGACCCAGAAGACCCAGAAGACCCGGGAGACCCAGAAGACCCGGGAGACCCAGAAGACCCCGAAGACCCAGAAGACCCCGAAGACCCAGAAGACCCGGGAGACCCAGAAGACCCGGGAGAUGACGCAGACACAGGGAGCGGUCUUUUGCCCCCUGUGCAGGAAGCUGUAUUCAGCCCUGAACCAGCACCUGGAGCGGGGGCACAAAGUCAAAAACGCCCAAGAAAAGGAUAUCUUAAACAAAAUGGGUAACGGGCGCAUUAAAAUUAGGACCGAGCCCUGCACGGUCCCCGGGUGCACUUACAAGGGUGCCCGUUUAGACAAGCACCUGGCAGACGGCCACCGGGAGCUGAACGAUGGGGAGAAGGCCAGGUACAUUAAGGAGGCCAAGAUGGCGAAGGGCAAAACCCAACUGAGGGAGCUGAGGGCCUCCAACCCAAAAGUCCCAAUGGUGUCCACCAUUGAUAUAGACGUGGAAGAGGGCGACGAAGUCCUAAUUGAGGAACAAGAGGAGGCCAACGGUGAGGAAGGGGAUUGCCCGAGCUGCCGACGGGUGAAGGAACAGCACAAAGCCCUCCAACAAGAGGCGAAGGCCCUCAGGGAGGAGGUCGCCAGCCUCACCCAAGCUCUGGCGACCUCCCGCAAGAGGAGCCAACGCCUGGCCAGGAAGCUGGCUAAAGCCGUGCCAGGAGAGGCGCCCCGUCGGCCGGGAGAGGUGAUCGACGACUCCUCCGACUCCUCCGACUCUGAGCCCACCGCGGGGCCUAGCCACAGCGGGUCCACGGGGCGCGAGCCCUCUCCGGAGCCCCUGCCCUUCCCGUCGCCUGAGAAGGCACCGGCGGCCGCCAGCAGACCCAGGUCCUCCGAGCCCAGGUCCUCCGAGCCCGAGCCCAAGUCCUCCAAGUCCUCCGAGCCCAGGUCCUCCGAGCCCAAGUCCUCCGAGCCCAAGUCCUCCAAGCCGAAGUCCUCCGAGCCCAGGUCCUCCGAGCCCAAGUCCUCCAAGCCCAAGUCCUCCAAGCCGAAGUCCUCCGAGCCCAGGUCCUCCGAGCCCAAGUCCUCCGGAGAGUACGACGGCCUGCUGGUGGGAAAGGGCAGGGCGUCGGUCCUGAGGAAGAUCAAGUUUCCGGAAAGCAUCGAGGCGUUCCUCAAGGCGUACCAGGAAUUUCAGGCGGGGACCUGCACCACCGGACGCAGUGCAGAGAUGGCCCUGUCGAAGGUGUCGCGGGUGAGGAGUUUUCUCUACUUCCUCACCCUGAAGAAGAAGGACCUUUGGACCUGGCUAUUCCUGGACAACCCCCCUGCAAUCCGCCGCUGGGUGGAACAGCUCAAAGAAGGGAACAAGGCCGUUACCACGGCGAACUUCUACCUGAGGAAUGUGAGUCAAUUCUUGGUUUAUUUUGCGAGCACCCCGCCGAAGCACUGCCGCCUGUCGAAGGUCCAGAUUGUGUCAGUAUCAAGAGUCGUCCAGAAGGCCCUGCACGACCUGCGAAGGGAGGUCGUUUGUCAUCAGAUCGCAGUCAAGGACAAGAAGCUAUCGCGGAUCGUCUCUCCGGAGAACCUGAAUAUCUGCAGGACAAAGGCGGCCAAGCAAAUCCCGAAGCUGCUGAUCGCCCUGGCAGCAGACAACUGCUCCACCAACAGAAAGCGGUUUUACGCCUACUUCACCGCCUGGAUAAUGGCGCUUUACGGCCACCGACCGGGGGUGAUGGCGAAUAUGACCCUGGAGCAGGUUGAGGCUGCCCGGAAGAAGGGGACCCAGGAGGAGGGUUAUAUAGUGAACGUCACCGAUCACAAAACCAACCGGUCCUUCGGGGCCGCUCAGCUGUUCCUGUGGCCAGACGAGUUCCGGUGGCUGACGGACUGGGUCGCGCUGCGGGAGGCGGCUGUUCCCCCUCCGCGAGCAGAGAACAGAAGAGUUUUCUUUACGGGCGGCCGGGGUCCGGCGAAAGACCUCAACACUUACCUCAGGCUCGCCUGGGUCGAGAUGGGACUCCCGGGGCGUCCAGUAUUCAUGGACAUACGGAACGCCGUGGCUGACUAUGCGAAGAGGGUACACGGGGAGAGUAUACGUAACAAAAUGUGUGAAUUCAUGUGUCACAACCCACAGACCGCAGACAAAUUCUACUGCCUCUCCCUCGACGCGUACCAGUCCCGUCAAAUGCGGGAGAGAUUCGAAGACACCACGUCCGAUGAGGCCAUCCGGAAGAUGACGGCGAUGCGGAUGUCGCACCAGAGGCGGGAGCCCGCAGCCAGCCAGGGCACCGAAGGCACCGAAGGCACCGAAGGCACCGAAGGCACCGAAGGCACCGAAGGUCCCUCAAGCCCCCGCAAGAGGAAAAGUAAGAGCAAAGACCCGAGGGCCAAAAGACGGCGGACCACCGCUGGCGAAGGCAGCAGCACCACAAGCGAGAGCGAAGACGAGCCUAUUCCUUACCAGGAAUCCGAAGGUUCGGAGCUGGAGGAGGAGAUGGAGGAAUUCCGGGCACACCUCCUCAAGCUGGAGAGGAGAAAAGAGAGGAAGGAGAGGGCCCAGGAACAACAAAGGCCUCCAACCCCCGACACCACCUCAGACGAGGAGACGCUCCUCCUGGAGCAGGAAAAGACUCCAGUAAAGGUGAAACAACUCAAGCUGGAGCUGACUCCGGUGCAGAUGAAACAGAGGGGGAGUCCCAGCAAGUCCCCCAGGAUGACCCGACCUACCCAGUGCCAGAUCUGGACCCCGGAGAAGUCCAAGAGCCUCGCCUUGCGCUGCCUUCGCCAGCGGAAGCCCCACCAGGUCCCUCACCAGGUAUCCCAGCCGGACCCCGCGCCGCCCAAAGAGACCCCAGCCGCCCCAGCCGCCCCAGCCGACUCAGCCGACCCAGCCGACCCAGCCGACCCAGCCGACCCAGCCGACCCAGCCGACCCAGCCGUCCAAGCCGACCCAGCCGACCCAGCCGACCCAGUCCCAGCAGAGCAGCCGGAGAUGACAGCAGGCCCAGCAGACCUGGCCGACCCAGCCGACCCAGUUCCCCCGGCGGAGGAGACAGCAGCCCCAGCAGAGCAGCCGGAGAUGACAGCAGGCCCAGCAGAGCCCCCAGCAGACCCGGUGGACCCAGCCGACCCAGCGCCACCGGCGGACCCAGCAGAGCAGCGAAAGCAGUACCCAAAAAGGCACCAACACUAACAACCACCAUCGGAGACUUGGGCUCGGAGGACCUACUGGGGGGGACGGAGGACAAACAGGGGAGGACUUGGACCAACCAAGGAGGAUCUAGCGGCCGAGGGCCCUGAGACAAAAAGGCCUGUUCCAAGGCCUGUUCCAAGGUCUGUUCCAGAGACUGUACACUCCCUAGUUUAAACUUCCCCCAGUUCAGCCCCCCAGUUCAGCCCAGAGACUAUCCCCACUCCCUAGUUCCAUCUCAUCAUGUUAUUCCCCCACACCAUCCUCACUCUCUCCCCUUGUUCUGUUUUGCACUUCACCAGCACUUUAUUGACAUGUUUGAUAUUUAUUGUAUUUUUGUACUUUUCUAUUU